AUGCUAGCGUUGUGGCCGAUCACAAGUGAGGAGGCAAACCUUCUCCUGCUCGAGCAAGUAUAUGGAGUACACAUCGAAAACUUCGACCACUUCGACAAGAUGCUCGCCAAGGAGAUCGGUGACCCGCAGAAGGUGCACUUCACGGUCAAAGACACACAAGACGACAGACCUCGAGGAUGGGGUCGCAUUGAAUUGACCGAGACCACCAGUCCACUCAAGUGCUAUCUUUUCUUCACGGACGAUGCGGCUGAGAUGACUAUUCAAGUCAUCUACCUUGUCAUGAAGAGCGCGUUCGACUGUGAUGGCUAUACGGAGCUGCGACUACAUAUGAGCAAGCUGGCCAAUAUGCCUGGUUGCGAGCACAAAGUCUUCGGGUUCGGUCUGGUCAACGUACUUCGAAAUCAGCAUCUGGUCAGAACACAAAGCAGUACGACUGAUGUGUAUACUGCGACAGUCCAGCAAUGGCACCAGAGGUUUGAGGUGAGACGACUGUAUCCCACGAUCUCUAUUCAAAUCCGAGCAUCGCAGGCUGACGCAGCGGCAGCUAUCCCUUCAGCUUUUAGCUGA